GUUAAAGAUGCAUUAUUUAAUUAUAGUAUAUGUAACAUUUUCUUUAUCCCCUCUAUAAAACAACAGUUUCCAAGUUUUUCUUUAUCUCCAAAGCUCUUUGUUUCUCAGAUCUUCUCUCUGUUUUCAUCAGAUCUUGGAGAAGGCAAGAGUUUGGUUGUAAAGUUAUGGUGAGAAUAUUUAUCCUCUACAAUCUAUUAAACUCUUUUCUACUCUCUUUAGUACCAAAGAAACUGCGAAGUCUCUUCCCUCUCUCUUGGUUCGACAAAACUCUCCACAAGAACUCACCACCGUUACCGUCCAUGUUACCCUCUCCUUCACCGUCACAGUCACCGUCCUCGGCGUCAACAAGAGAGAUAGACCCGUCAGAGCUAAAACGGGUCUUUCAGACGUUCGACAAGAACGGAGACGGUCGAAUCACUAAACAAGAGCUCAACGACUCACUAGAGAAUCUAGGAAUCUACAUACCAGACAAAGACCUAACUCAGAUGAUCCAUAACAUAGACACGAACCACGAUGGAUGUUUAGACAUAGAGGAGUUCGAGUCUCUAUACAGAUCCAUUGUUGAUGAGCAUCACAACGAUGGAGAAACCGAAGAAGAGGACAUGAAAGAAGCGUUUAACGUGUUUGACCAAAACGGAGAUGGGUUUAUCACUGUGGAGGAGUUGAAAUCUGUGAUGGGUUCCUUGGGACUCAAGCAAGGUAAAACCCUAGAAGGUUGCAAGAAGAUGAUUAUGCAAGUGGAUGGUGAUGGUGAUGGUAGAGUUAAUUACAAAGAGUUUCUUCAGAUGAUGAAAGGUGGUGGGUUUAGCAGUAGCAGUUGAUCUUUGUUUAGGAUUUAACAGAAAAGAGUGUGUGUGUGCUUAUUUGAUUGAUUUUGUUUGUUUUCUUUUUAUGUGUAAAUAAUUUUUAUGAUGAUGUAUGAAAACAUUGUAAUCUGGACGAAUGUGUGUUAUCUUUUUUUUUUCUUUCUAGGGUGAUGUAAGAUUCAGUUUCUCAUUUUAUCUGGUUUAGUGUUAUUUAGUAUAUUGUCCAAUUCAAUAAUAGUAGCUUUUAAAUA